AUGGCAACCAAGAAAGUAGGAUGUAAAUUUUCAAAGAAUGGGCGCAUUAUACAGACAUUUGCUUACGAGAAACACCGACCCACCACAAACAAUUCAGAUGUACUCCAUGAGGAUGAACCGGCGGAGUGGUUGGGACGAGAAGCUAUCAAAUUUCCCGGAGCACGUCGAAGAAGCACUAUUAGGCGUGACAUACGGUCGUACACAUUCGAUGUGGAUUUGGGAUGGACUUCAGCAAAAAAGCAGAGCAAGAAAGCAGCCAUCGAGGAUGGUGAGGCAUCUCAAUGUCGAGGGAACUCGACGUCUCCGGAACUGUAA